AUGAGAGUAGACCAGAUUUAUUUGUAUGCGUUUUGUCUCUUCAGUUUGCUGUACAUUUGUGCCGUCUUAUUUUAUCGGCUGGUAUUGAGCCCCUUGGCCAAAUUUCCGGGUCCUCGCCUGGCAGCCGCCAGUCGCCUUUACGAGAUUUACUUCCAAAUCAUUAAAGGGGGUACAUUCACCUGGCAUAUCAACGACCUCCAUGACAAAUAUGGCCCUGUGGUACGCAUUACUCCGUGGGAGAUACACAUCAAAGACCCCGAAUACUAUAACACCGUCUACGCCGGCCCGGGAAAACACCGCAAUAAGGAUCCUUUUUUUAGCUUCAUUGGAUAUCCUAAGUCAAUCUUCUCUCUCAGCUGUUACGAUUCUCACCGGCGCUGGAGGAAAAUUUUGGGACAUUUCCUUAAAAAAGGCGCCGUUCUUGAAUUAGAGCCAGUUAUCAAGGAAAAUACUCAAAAACUGUGCGAGCACUUUUCCGCGGCGGUCAGGGGUAAAAUGGUGCUAGAGUUGAACGCUGCAUUUCACUGCUUCACUAGCGAUACCCUCUCUCAACAUGCCUUCGGGCAGAACCUCUCCUUUGGUUACCUAGACCAGCGGACACUUUCGGACAGUUGGAAGACAAAAGUAAACACCAUGUUUGAAUUCUGUCGGUUGGUUCGACAUUUCCACUUUCUCGGAGACAUAGCACAUUUAAUCCCAAACGUGGUUUCGUUAGCGGUUACUGGAUUUAAUGAUGUCUAUGCAAUGGAACAGGCUACUAGGUCUCGAAUUCAGCCGCUGAUUGACGAGUUUGAUCAACGGGAGGCGGAGGCUCAGUCAGCUAGUCGCAUCAUCGAAAAGCCUUUCGAGAUGCCAAAGGCUAUAUAUCCUGCAAUCCUAGCGAAUCCCGAUAUUCCUCUGCUUGAAAAGAGCCAAUCUCGGUUGGAGGACGAUGCAAUAUUUCUCAUGUUUGCUGGCACGGAUGCUCCGUCGCAGACUAUUGCCAUCACUAUGUUCCAUAUUCUAAACAACCCUAGGGUAUACCAAACGCUGAAAAAUGAGCUCCUUGCUGCUAUUCCGGAUGUGGAAACGGUUCCAUCUCUUUAUGAGCUGGAGAAGAUCUCCUAUCUAAGCGCAACUAUUAGAGAGGGCCUACGCCUUUCGUCUGUCGUGACAACUCGACUUCCUCGCUCAGCACCGGAUCAGAUCUUGCAGUAUCAGCAGUGGGAAAUUCCAGCUGGGACGUUUGUCUCAAUGUCUACCUACUUUAUUCUAAGGGAUCCAAAUAUCUUCCCUGAGCCUGAGAAGUUCACCCCCGAGCGCUGGCUACUGGAGCCAGAUGAGCUGCUACAGCUCGAGAGAUAUCUCGUGCCAGCAUCCAAAGGAACACUGGGUUGUCCAGGGCAAAAGUACGAUUCCCUAACGCCAUGA